CUCUCUCUCUCUCUUGCCUCUUUCGGACUUUCGUGCUUUGAUGGAUUCCGAUUCAAGCCUCACCAGCUUUCCCUCGUAACUUUCUCUGCUGGACCCCCCUCGCGCGCAGCACGUACGACUGCAGAAGAAUUUAGGGUUUUGGUUUUCUCGUUCGCCGGAGAUAUAGUCAUGGCUGUUGAGGAUGAUAAUGUUGAAGGCUCGAUAUCUUCAGCUUUUCUUGCAUUGAUGGAUUCUAAGCAGAACGAAGAUCUGCUUUCUGCCGAGGACAUAGCAUGGAUCGACUCCUGCCUGACUAAAGAUCCUGAGAUUCUGGAAAAUAGCUGGGAUUGUCUAAAAGAUGCCUUGCUCGAAGUGCUCGACUUCCAACCUGAUUUUAUCAAUCAUUCUUCAAUGGAAACUGAUGACUCCCUCAUUGAAGAUGACAUUGAGAUACGUACUCCGUCAAAAAUCUCAGUAUACAAACGCAUCGAAUCUCCUGGAAGAAUGGUUGAGGAUCUCAUCUCUAUGGAUAAGGAAGAAACAGACGGUGAAAGUACUCCAUUUGGUGACAGUCCUUCCUUACAAGUUUCGCUAAGAAAUGCUUUUCAACCUAAUUUCCGAGAGUUCCCUGAGGAGAGGACAAAUGAUGAUACAGGAUUGAACGUGGAAGCCCAUGCGACAGAGUUAUCAAGUGCGGAAAUUUUCAAGGUUUGGGAUCUAGAUGUACCAGAUGAGGAAGACAAUUUCGCAAAAGAGUUGAAUAAGGCACUUGCAGGAAGCUCCAUUCAACCUUCUCCAUCACAAUUAGAAUCUUCAAUUGCAUGGAACGACUCAAAGGAUGACAUACUUGAAAACCUAGUUGCCGGGAUUGCUGACCUGUCUUUAAAGCAAGAUUCACCGGCGUAGUUUUGUCUAGGUCAGUAUUUUGGUGCAUAUUUGUUGAUAGGUUGGCUUGAAAUUAUUGUCUCAGUUAUUUGCAAACAGAGGAGGACAUUGAGCUUUUUUGGGUUUUGGAUGGGGAGUUUGAAGUAUGGGUGGGUCGAACGUGGGUACAAGUAUUUAGAUUAGCUUCAUGAGAACAUCGACCAAUACAGUAGCACUUUUCAUUCAUUCAAAUGGUGUCCUCUCUUCUUCUUA